UACUAUUUUGGCCAGGCAGUGUAUGACAGUGUGACUUUUUGAUGAAACAUCAUCAACAAAGGCAUUAAAAAAAAGAAUAUUCUGGAUUCGUUACGUGAAUUGUGGCUCGACGUGCGCUCCAUACGUAGCGGUGCCUGUGGACCCCGUGAGCCUGUCUGUCUGAAGGUGCGUGGACGCAAAGGAAAGGAGGGGGUGAGAAAUACCGCUCGCUCCCCAUCCGUGCGUACAUAAUAAUCUCACAAUGCAGAUACACUUGUGAUUACUGUGAUGUUGUCAUGUCACGCUAAUGUUGCUCAAUGCAUUCGUCGGAAUCUCGGUGGGCAGCGGCAGCAGCAGCGCGGCGGCAGGAACUACCGACGCAGGAUUUGAGGUCAACUGGAAAACUAACGGCCCCAGUGUGGGACGUGCCAUGUGUGCUAGCUGUGCCAGAGGAAAAUGAAACCCAGUCGCAACCUCAUCCUCGUCCUGUGCACCACACUGGUCCUGGGAUUUCUCUACUACUCGUCAGAGAGGAUCAGCUCACAAGGCUGGAGCCACAAAUCAUUGUAUGACAAACAAGGAUUCCUUCUAAAGCUGGACUGUAAACUGCCUUUGGAGCUGAUCAUCAAGUACAACAAUCUCAGUGAGGGAGCCUGUAAGCCCGGAUAUGCCGCUGCUAAAAUGGCUGCCAUUCACCCGAAAUUCACCAAACUGGUGCCAAUGUUCCUGGAUCCAAAUUACAAACGGUUCUCCAGGAUUGACAAUUUCCCUCCCCCAUUCGGAGUCAAAUCACAAGAGAGGAUCAUAGAUGUUCUCCUUUCAGAGAUGAAGAACUAUGGCCUUGGAGAAGAGCUUGACAGUAUGAGCUGUAAGACAUGCGUCAUCGUGGGGAACGGAGGAAUCCUCACCACCAAGUCUCUGGGAUCCAAGAUUGACCAGUUUGAUGUGGUGGUCAGGUUAAACCAGGCUCCAGUGAAAGGCUUUGAGAAAGACGUAGGAUCUAAGACCACGCUGAGGAUCACGUAUCCAGAGGGAGCCAUCCAGAAGACGGAGCACUACGAGUCUGAGUCUCUGUUUGUCCUCUCUGCCUUCAAAGCUCAGGACUUUAAGUGGCUGCAACACAUGGUCUUCAACAAGAGGCUGAUUAGCACUGAUGGCUUCUGGAAGUCAGUGGCCCAGCAUGUUCCUCGAGGGCCCAGCGAGAUGCGCAUCCUGAACCCCUACUUCAUCCAGGAGGCCGCCUUCCAUCUGAUCGGCUUGCCGUACAACAAGGGACAGAUGGGCAACGGGAAUAUCCCAACCCUGGGGGCAGUUGCCAUAACGAUGGCCCUUCACAACUGUGAUGAAGUAGCCGUGGCUGGAUUCGGCUACAACUUGAGCACCCCCCACGCCCCUUUGCACUACUAUGAGAAGACCAAGAUGUCAGCCAUCAAAGAGUCAUGGACUCACAACAUAUCCAAAGAGAAGAAGUUCCUGAUGAAGCUGGUGAAGGCCGGAGUCGUCCAGGACCUGACCGGUGGGAUCUGUGGCGCGGUGUGUUGACCGCCUGGAUCUCAGCUCACAUCUCCACCUGCUCUGGCACCCGAAGAGGGGGGGAACCUCAAGGCCCCCACGUGGAGGGCCACAUGUUCCCAGCAUGAGAGCAGAAGGUGUCACCUUUUCUACAGAGAGACACACACACACACACACACUGCCCCACCCCAGUGUUGCACUUUGACUUUGAAUCUCAGUAUUUAGCUCGUCCUAGUUGCAGGUUAGUGAAUAUAAAUGUGGAUUUUGGUGCCGUGGAUUGGGAGCUAAAAAGCAGCAGCUGGACCAGGCUGCAGAGAGGAGGAGGAGGAGGAGAGGGAGGAGAGGGAGGAGGAGGAGCCUGUGCCAAGAAUUACCUCGACAAGUGUCCUUCUGCUCACACAGCUGAUUGUAAUCUGCAUUAAACUUAAACUACGCUCAUUCAUAUCUUCCUGUGCUGGAUCAGAGAGGGAAGCGGGAUCAUCAGAGGAACACGGUGACCAUUGAGACAGUAUUAUAGCGACGCAAUGUCAGUGAUGUCAUAGUGUGGACGCGCUGUGGCUGCAGCGAAUGCUUCAUGAUGGAGGCAGAUGUUUGAGUCUGGACACAAACGCGCGUCACGCCAGAGCAGUUUCCUGAACGUCGCCGUGUCUUGUGAUUAUUUGUCGUCGUCGCCGUGUCUGUGUAGAUGUUUCAUCUUCACCCGUCGGACCAAAUCUCCCCCGUGUGUCUCUCUCUCCCUGACACUCCUGUGUUCCUCUCAGCAAACGUCUCACUCCUCAAUGAAACCCGAACAGAAGAUGAGGCUAUGAAGAGGCGAGAGCAUUUGCAUGACUUAUUUUCUUAAGUGACAGCUAGUUUUAUUUAUACAUAUAUAUAUAUAUACAUAUAUAUAUGAGGCUUGAAUCUUUUUAACUGACCUCAGUUCAGUUCAGUAUUUCCAACAACUUGCUGGUUCUGAUUUUGGCAUUUUGAGUAUUCUGACGACCGUUGUGUUGCACACUUGUUUUCUACUCGAUUACGUCUCAUCAGUUCAGUUCAGGUGCAGAGUGCGAAAUAAAAGUUCUCCAAGUCCGUGGGUCAUUUUACAUGAUUUUGAAGCUGUGGCUUUAAAGGGUGCAGUGUGUUCUGAUUUAGGGGGUCGUCUCUCAAAAGAAAUGGAAUAUUUAGAAAUUCAUCUUGCACUGCUUUAUCCCCUGCAUGCAGGUCGCAGAGGGGCGCUGGUCAGGGUCCAAAUCAUGUCAAAAAUGUCCCUAAUUCAGUUUUUAUUCAUCAAAAUAUCCUUAAUUCAGUUUUUACUAGUCAAAAUAUCCAUAAUUCAGUUUUUACUAGUUAAAAUGUCUGUAAUUCAGUUUUUAUUCGUCAAAAAUGUCCAUAAAUCAGUUUUUAUGUGUCAAAAAUGUCCAUAAUGUUACCUGAAGGCCACCAUAGCUUCUCAUAUAUACACUUAGUAAAUAUCUAUUCCUAGAUGCCACUAAAUACGUACACACUGGUCCUUUAAGGUUAAAAAAGUGACAUCGUGUUGCUUUAAGAUGUAGUGGGGAUUGCAGGUUAGGAGCUUCCUCAGCAGCAGCGGCGUAAAUUUAAAACGUAACAUGUACACAAAUGACACCGUUCCAUUUGUUACCCACUACUUUUUAGAAGAAUUUUUAUGGUAAUACUAAAUUUAAAAACUUUAAAAGUGUGUAACGUAGUAGAAGAGAGUGGUGCCUCAAAGCGUGUGACCAAUCAUGAGCAAGCUGCAAAUUCCUUUCUCUCUAUACAUAUAUACUAUAUCUUUAUGGUAAUGUUUGAACAUUGCUCGUACGUCUAGUGGACAGGAGGGGGCACUUGACUGAGACCUGGACGGACGCACGGACGGACGACUUUGCUGUGAAUAUUUGUUCAAGAAUGUGAUGUCACGUACGUCAUCCACCGCAGCGGCGUCUCUCCAUCACACCUGGACUCUGUGUUCCUUCCUCACCUGCAGCUGUUGUCAUAGCAAGUCACUUGUCACUCUUUUGAGUGACAAGUCAUUUGUUUUGUGUGGGUCAAUGAUGUAAAUCUACGAUCAGGCCCAAACCGUGACGGGACGAUGAUGAUGAUGCCAAAGGUCUUAUUAUAAACAGUAUAUCAAUCAUUAAACAAGUGUUUUAUAA